CUGCGCGAUGCGAACGAUUCCGCGGCCGCGGAAUUAUCAUUGAAUUGUCUUAAUUACAUAUAUGUAUUCGAAUUUUUAAAUAUCGUCUUAAUGUCAAGUGACGAUGAGCGCGACGUAGCGGGCGUCGCGACGCGAAAAUCACUAAGCCGGAAGUCAGCGCCCGUUCUGGCGAGAGACAUAUGCCUAAGACAGGACGUGCGCGACGACGUUGUGCGACAUACCAAAACAUGAAUUCGCCCCGCGGUCGAGACUGAUAUUCCGACUAUCCGUCGUCGUCGGUUCUCACUCCGUCCCGUUCGUCUCGUCGCACGAGGAAGCGGAAGCGAGACCGAGAGCGCGGCGCCCGGGGACGCGGGCCGACGGCUCCGUCGCCGUUCGUCGUCGCCGAAUCGUGAGAAGGCACGUACGGGAUUACUGCACGUAGCGUACGCACGCAGGCUAAGCGAGGGGAAAGUGUGCGUUGUGGAGUCGCGUCGCAUCGCACUCGCGCCGUGUCUUUCGCCGUGAUUUUUCCCAAUCGGAUGCACCUGCCAUGAUAGCUACCGCGAACGCGUCUCCGCCGCGACACGAGUGGCACGUUGCUGUGCUGUUCUAGGUUUUAGAAGCUCCGACCGACCGCAAAAUGCGAGAGGUCCGUUCUCGGGAGAGCAUCAUCGCGUGAAAGUCAGUGUCACAGAAUGGUGGUGGACUGCUUGUCGAUUCAGGCCUCAGCAACUGCAGUAAGAAAGCAGGAGCGAAGGUUGGGUGGCACGGUUAGCACAAAGAUGCAACCAAACAGUGGUGGAGGAUGUGGAAUGACACCCAAAGAACUCUCCGACAAUGACGACUUGGCCACGUCCCUCGUAUUAGAUCCUUACCUAGGCUUUACUACACAUAAAAUGAAUAUUAGAUACAGACCGUUAAAGGCAAAUAAGGAUGAACUGCGAAAAAUUAUCUGUGAAUUUAUUCAAACUCAAAAUUAUGAAAAAGCAUACAAAAAAUUGAUGGGUGGAGAUUGGGGCGCGCGGCUUCCCCAUACUAAAUCUAAACAACAACAAAUCAAUUUGGAAAAUCACAUCAAACGAUACUUGCGAGUUUUCGAUAAGGAUUCUGGAUUUGCGAUAGAACCAUGCUACAGAUACAGUUUGGAGGGACAAAAGGGUGCUAAGAUAUGUGCCACCCGAAAAUGGAUGAAACACGAGAAAAUUUCCUGCCUCGUCGGUUGCAUAGCGGAGCUUAGUGAAAAGGAAGAAGCUGCGUUAUUGCAUCCUGGGAAAAAUGACUUCUCUGUGAUGUUUAGUUGUCGAAAGAACUGCGCCCAAUUGUGGUUAGGACCUGCUGCAUAUAUAAAUCAUGACUGUAGAGCGAAUUGCAAGUUUGUGGCGACGGGAAGAGACACAGCAUGUGUCAAAGUGUUACGCGACAUCGAAGUAGGCGAAGAAAUCACAUGCUUCUACGGAGAGGAUUUCUUUGGUGAUGGGAAUUGUUACUGCGAGUGUGAAACUUGUGAAAGGCGAGGAACUGGCGCAUUUGCGAGUCAAAAGCCGGGCGAGGAAAUGUCAUCUGGUAUUUCAAACGCGAAAUUUGGAGCAACAAAUUAUGAGUCAAGAUUUAUCGUUAAUUAUUUUUUAGGAUAUCGUUUGAGGGAAACGGAUAAUCGAAUCAAUCGAACAAAACAUCGACAGCAGCCGUUGAACAGAAACAAGCAGCAAGCCGACACUGCUCUCACCGAGCGGAACGCAGUUCUCGUCGGAAACGCAGCGGUUGCGCCGCAAUCUCUUAGCAUGAAGGAGCUGCGUCGCAAAGGGCUCACCAAGUACGACGCCGAGCUACUGAUCGCCCAGGGUUGCCGCUUCUCGGAUAUCAAUCAGCAGCAGCCGGCGAUCAAUAAUGGCGAGAACGUGUUGCAGACACGACCGCAUCCCUCCGCGAUCACCACCUCCGUCACUAGAAAUUUGCGGAAUAAGCAGAUGUGUAAAUUCGACGGCAAUAUCGGCGACGGAGGCACCAUCAAGAAUACUCAGUCGCUCAGAUCAUCUAGGCUUUACAAGAGAACGGAAUCAAAGAAAGGAAAGAUCGGUGUGAAAUCCGCGUCACCUUGUCCUAUCGUAAAGGACACGGAAAUGAUGGAUAUCAGUCAUCGAAAAGAGGAUUCCGACAGAGUGCCGGUGCACGAAGAAAGCCUGUACUCGCGAUUGCAGAAGCAUCAUUCGUCGCUGGCGUCGCAGGUGAAUCGCGGUUUUUGUGGAUCGCAACGGCCUGCUGUGACGGAAGAGUCCUCGAUGGAAAACAGCUGUCCGCUGCGGUUGAUGGAAGUGGACGAUAUCAGCGAGUCGAACAAUAAUGGUGAUUCGGCGGAAGAGGAACGGGGAAUACCGGAUCUCACCGCGGAAGUCGAACUUAAAGCAGUAGAUAACGUUAAUUCUUCCAAUUACAAAAAAGGACAUUAUAGUACAAAUGCCUGUGAUUCAAUCCGAUUAAGUUCCACAUCUCAAGUCCACAUACAACGCUUACAUACCGCAGAAUCGAUUUCCAAGGACAUUUGUCGAUCGAGAGACUAUCAUCAUUCUUCGUCGCCCAUGCGAAAUAAGGAAAACGAGAAUGAUCCCUGCGAUACGGUCGAGCAGGCGAAUUGUGUUAACAAACGUUCCAAGUCUAACGGCAAACGUUUCACGUCGAUGGACGAGCGAGAUGAUCGCAAAGAGCCAGACGAGGACUCGUCUGGCGAGUUUGAGGACGACGAUUCGCCCUCGCUGAUCGAAGAGAAGAAAGAUUUGCGGCAGGCUGAUUACCGAGAGGAUGACGCCUCGCACGAGACGAGCUCUCGGUCGGACGACGAAUAUUGCGACAUAAACUCGGCAAAUGUAAUGACGAUGGAAAAGUAUGACGAGGAGAAAGAAGUGGAGAGUGAAGGCUGCGAGAAUUCGAUUGCGGCCGAUGCGACGACAAAUCGCCUGGACAGUGUCGAAUAUUGUGAUUUAAACUCCGAAGGAGUAGUAGAGACAAAAAUUAGUACCGAGGAUGUUCUAGAGUGGCAUAAUAGCAUGGUUGCGCAUCGGGAAGAAGAGGAGGAGAGCGUCGUGAUGAAAAGUGAUACGUUUGUCGCAAACGUCAGGUUCGACGCCAAAUCUGAAGUUUCCGCGUUACACGCGAUGGAGAUGGACUCCAGAGUAGACGUUACCGAGGAAAGUGGUGUGGCGAACUUUCAUAAUAUACAGACUGCGAAUUACAAUAGCGAUUUAACCGGCCAUAGAAAUGUAGAAGACGGUCACGAUCACGCGUUGAUGAAGAAAUCGUCCAGACGGAAAGAUCAUGCACUGGAUGCGUCUUCGAAGUCGUCUCGCAAGUCGCAGAAGAGACUUUCGAGCGGUAAAUCCAAGUCCAAAUACGGGAUAUUGACGGAGGGCGAUGAGAAUGACAGCGGGGGUACGAAGAGUCAUAAAACGGGAAAGAGUAAAAAUAAAUCGACCAGAAGUCAGAGGAGAGACCGGCAGAGAUCGGCGACGGCCGAUAUAGGAGAGGCCGACGACGAUUCGGGCAUCCAGGGCGAUAUCUAUGAGUUUAACGAGAAGGAGAGCAACUUGGAGGACAUUGGCAUACUGUCCAUAAUAAGACGCGGCAAGCACGAAUCUCGUAACGCGUCGUCGUCCGUUACUGCGUCGCCGGUGCAGGAAAUGCAGUGCAAUGACGAGUACAAUAAAGCCGAGCCACCGGUACUGAUUCGGGAGGAACCGUGGCCUCCGGCCGAUCCGGGGACUCAGAACGAACACAGCACGGACUCCAGUAGCGGUGUUCAAUCGGCAGAGAACUGUGACGAGAGUUUGCAAAGAUUAACAGCCUAUGAUAAUAGUGGCAGCACACGAAAGUCCAGCUCGACCCCAUCCGAGUGCCAAUGGCAAACGAGCAAUUCGAGCGAUUGUCGCGUUUGCCCCGUCACGCCGGAGAGGACCGGCCGAUUGAAGCUGACGCUGCGCAUGAAGCGGUCGCCGGUGCUCGAGGACAUUGCCGAAUCCGGCACAAGCGGACUGAGCGAAGACAGUUACGAGCCGGAGUACGAGGUGCUGCGCGUCGAAGGCUUGGAGAGGCGCAAACGCCGGAAGAAGCACAAGAGUAGAGAUCGCGAGAGACGGCAUAAGAAAUCGCGCGAGCUGAACCUCGAUCCGCCACCGCCGCCCAUGAAGAGAUUACGCUUGAUUCUCGGCAACGAGACACGCACUAUCGAUCUAACGCACUCUUAACAGCUAUAAUUCCUCGUUUUUCCAGACCUCCUUCGACAUCCCCUCCCUCCAUUCCCGUCAUGAUGCGCGUGUUAAUAUCAAUUUUUCAUUACGACAGACUAUCUUUUUAAAUAUAAUUAAUCUUUAGAGGGCGGCAAGGAUGUUUUUA